AUGUCAGAUACGAUGCUUAUACAAGAAGAUGAAUUUAUUGAAGAAAUUGAAAAUGCUCCAAUAAAUAAUGUCAAUGUUCACGAAUUAUUGGACGAAGGUGAUCCUACAUCUAGUUUUAUCAAAGCUAUUGAAGAAAGAACAAAGGAUAAUCGUUCUGGUGACUCAAAUAGUCCAUCUAAUUCUUCAUGUACUCAAAAGAGUGCAAGUCAACAUGCAACUGAUUCAUCAAUAAAAAAAGUUUCAUCAUCAAAAAAAAAAAGAUAUCUGAUUUACGGGUUGAUCUUAUGCAACAGAUAUUAA